GUAACAAGUGUGACGUUGCGAAUAUCGGCAUGGGGGAAGACGAUGGGCGCGGGGAUGAUGUUCUCACGUAUGAGCGCCCUGGGAUGGAUAUUUUUAGAGCAAUUUUUACAAGUGAUGAUGAGAAGAGCGACGAGGAGAAGGAUUAUAUGGACAACGACGAUGAAGUGGACGAGCCCCCUGCCGUGUAAACGAGGUCCGGAUGUCAAGGCGCUACCAGCGAAUGGUUGUCGUGGAAGAUGUUGACCUGGCUGCGUUCAAGCCUACCUUCAUACUCAGGGAAUCCAAACCGAAAGACGCGGAGAAGAAGGAAAAGAAAAACAAG